AUCGCGGGGCUUUUCUGCUGCGGGGCUGGGGGGAGAAGCAAGAGAAGACCCCGGCCUGUUUUCAGCGCGCGCCCCCUCCCCACCCUCCUUUAGGGGAAAGAGAGAGCUCCGCGCUCGGAGUCGCUGUCAAAGGAGCCGGACGGGGAGGGGAAAGCUCCCCCCCCCCUUUGACCAAAGUCAAAGAGCGAUGCAGUGAGCAAAAGUUGAAGUCUGAACCGAAGCUAGAUCCCCUCCCUCUCCCUUCCAAGCCAAGAUCGCACCACAGGGAAGGAUUUGAAGUGGGCAGGGCAGGCUCAGCGGAGGGUUGCUCACGGGGAAAAAAAUGGUGAUUUCUGGUUCCUUUGGCAGCAAAGAGGCCUUAUGCAGAGGGCGUUUUGACACAGGGAUGCAACACAUUGGCGACUAAAGUACCGAAGAUGAAAAGGUGCUUUCAAGGCGUUGGGCUGCGAUGCUUUCUAAAGGCCACACCUCUCUUUCUUCAUUGGUUGGCAUUCCUCAUUUCUGAUUGGUGGGCUGAAUCUAUAUAAGGUAGUGUGAUGGCAGAACAAGAAGUUCAGGAUGGGUCUAUGGCUGCGCCGCAGGGCCAGAAAUACCUCCUCAUCUUUGACUUCGAUGAGACCAUCGUGAACGAGAACAGCGAUGACUCCGUCGUCCAAGUCGCUCCGGGGAAACAGCUUCCGGAGUCGCUGCGCCAAACCUUCCGUGAAGGGUUCUACAAUGAGUACAUGCAGCAGGUGUUGAAGUACUUGGGAGACCAAGGGGCAAAGAUGGCCGACUUCAAAGCCGUCUACGAGAAGAUCCCCCUCUCUCCUGGCAUGCGGGACCUUUUCCAGUUCCUCUCCAAACAGCAGGACCGCUUUGAAAUCAUCCUCAUCUCGGACGCCAACAUGUUCGGCAUUGAAUGUGCCUUGAAGGCCACUGGUGCCUACUCCCUCUUCCGUAAGAUCUUCAGCAACCCUUCUAGCUUCGACAAGAGAGGCUUCUUCACCUUGGGCCCUUAUCACUCGCACAGCUGCCCGCGGUGUCCGGCAAACAUGUGCAAGCACAAGAUCCUGACGGAAUACCUGGCCGAGCGGGCCCAGGAGGGCGUCAGAUUUGAGAGGGUCUUCUACGUCGGGGACGGAGCCAAUGACUUCUGCCCUUCCACGGCCAUGAAGUCCAGCGACGUUGCGUUCCCGAGGAAAGGUUACCCGAUGCACAAGCUCAUCCUGGAGAUGGAGAAAAACCAACCCGGGACCUACCAGGCCACCGUAGUCCCUUGGGAAUCGGCUGUCGAAGUGUGCUGCUACCUUCAAGAUGUUCUCAAGCGGAAAUGUUGAGGAAGGACAGGUGGUGGAAGAAGCUGCUCUUGAUCCCAUCCCUGCAAGCUGUUCAGAAAGAUCUGAAUGUCUAACAUCACGCCUUUCUCAUUCUUGGCUUGGACUCUGGGUUUUCUUCCUCUCAUUGCUCAAAAACUGUCUCUGGAUCUUCCCUUCCUUUGGUCUUGAGACAAAAGCUCUCUCUAUGCAGUUAGGAAAUCCACUCAAGGAAGGGUGGGUGGAUGCUUGGCCAUUUGCAUAUUAUUAUUUUUUGUUCACUUUCUUUGAAAUUCUGCUUUUGUAUUCCCUAAAGACACUCAUGUAUUUUCUCUCAAGCUAGUUCUCAGAAACACUUCAGAUAGGAGAAAGGAUUCUGUCUCCACCAAAGCAUUUAACCUGUCACAUGUCGCCCCGCUCCAUCUUAUACAAGGAUGGGCAACUUGUGGCCCUCCAGAUGUUGUGGCCCUCCAGAUGUUGUAGCCUAUACCUCCCAGCAGCUAUAGCCAGUAUAGUCAAUGGUAAAGGAUGAUGGGAGUUGUAGGCCAAAACAUCUGGAGGGCCACAAGUCGCCCACCCCUAAUCUAAUCAGAUAAACUAAAGAAUAGUUUAUUAGGGGUGCUCUAAUUCAGAAGGGAAUUGAGUGUGUGUGUGUGUGUGAGACAGAGAGAGAGAGAGAGAGAGAGCGCAAAUAUUUCCAGACAGAAAAGGGGGAGCUAGAAAGCUUAUUCCAGUCUAGUGCAAUGGCUUUAAUGAAUGACCUAGACCAGGAAUAUUGUGAUUCAUCCUUCCGCAACCCCGGAGGUGGGGGGAGGCAGAGGUCGGAGGUGGAGACGUGAGCAUGAAGUAGUUGAACUCGGGUCUCCAUGCCGAGAGUGUCCCAAGCUGCAAAUGCAUCAUUUUUAAGUAUAAAGGGCUUGUUUUCAUUACAGCCAUAUCCUGGUUUUAUAACAGUGUGUCUGUUAAUGGCUUCCUCCAAAUAAUCUUGGGGUUGUAGUUUGCAUUUGCUGUUAAAUAUCCCUGGACCCCACAGAGAACUAUAGUCAUUAAAUCAGUAUAAGACAUACCCAGAAGCUUUAACGACGGUGGGAUGGGGUGGGGAGCAGUAAUGAGACAGGCUGGGAAGUGGGAGAGUGCAAAACCUUUAAUCUAGGCUGGUGAAGGGGAAGCUUGUCUCUUUAAUGAAAUACAAGCUUUCGCACAACUCCCAAGUAGUGUGCUGAGCUGCAACAAUGGGUAACGGAUCACAUGAUACGUGGACUGUGUCACCUCCUCGUGCCGUGAUCAGUCGCAGGCUGCACCUGAAGGUGUUUUUGUGGUUGCACCCUAAUUCCUGCCCGUCUUCUCUGUUCCAUUUUACUGCCACAUUUGAUUCUUCUCUCCACGGCUGCUGUUUUAGAAACCACCACAAUGCACUUCUCCAUAGCUUGUGGUCUGCUUAUCCAUUCCAGGCCACCUGCCUGCCUCUCUUGCCUUCACCUGAUCUGUGUUCUGUUUUCUCUGCAAUUUCCAUUUGUUGUUGUCAUUGUCCAGAGCCAGCCCCAAACAUUUGCUGCUGGGACGAAGGAGAAGAUGGCGCCUUCCCCCACUCCCCAUUCCAUGUACAAAUGGUGACCAGACUGGCAGUUCAACGGUGCUGACAGGGCAGCUUGGGGUGUGUGUGCAGAGCAGGGCCACAUACAGCUCUAUCCAGCCCGCCUCCCUCAGCAUCUGCGGCCUGAGGUGGCUGCUUCACACUGCCUCAUGGUAGAGCCGGCCCUGUCAUUGUUUGCUGUCCUCCUCUUUGUCCAUCUGUUCUUGUUGGAACUUAAAAGCCAUGGCAACUUUUUUCUAAGCCCCCUCCGCAAGUAUCUAGCAAAUAUUGAAGAUGCCUUUCCUACACUACAUUGGCAUUAUGUGAUCUGCCUCUGUAUUUUCAAAUGUCUGUUUCCAUGUAGCCAGCAUGGCACCUAGUUUUGUCAACCUGAAAUGUUGUAUGUAUGAACACUCUACUCUGACCAGAUUGGGGUGGGGCUGCCUUUGUUUCUCCCACUCUUAUCCUUGCCUAGCUGGGAGCGACCCUCUUUCUCCUAAACUAGCUGCCCUACCUCUCUCGGCCGGUGGUGCAAAGCAACCUGCUGUUAGCAAUCUAUCGUUUUAUAAGCCAUCCUUUCAACUGAUUUUUCCUUAAUAUGCGUUGUCUCUUCUUUCUUCUUCAAGGAGAAAAAAGGAGGAGAAAUUAAACGACAAAGGAAAAAAAAAAGAAAAGAAAUAU